AUGCUGCAGCAAAUCCUGCACGACAUGUACAUUGACCCCGAGCUUCUGGCUGAGCUCAGUGAUGUGCAAAAGCACAUCCUCUUCUACAAGAUGAGAGAGGAGCAGCUUCGGCGCUGGAGGGAGCGGGAGGCCUGGGACACCCUGGCCCAGGCAGAAGGCCUCAGGCCGGCAAAGGUCAAGCGAGGUAUGUGGCUUGGAGCAGCAAGCAACAAGCACAUCCAGUGGCUGUUGGGAGCAGAUGGCGAGGUCUGGGUGUGGGUCAUGGGUGAAGGCCCUGGUGACAAGCCCUAUGAAGAGAUCUCCGAGGAGCUGAUUGCAGAGAGAGCACGCCUGCAAGCACAGAGAGAGGCUGAGGAGCUCUGGAAACAGAAGGAAGCAGAGAUCACCAAGAAGUUCCGGGAUGCCUUGGCCAAUGAGAAAGCCCGGAUCCUGGCAGAGAGGUGGAAAGUGGAGAUGGAGGAUCGCAAGGCUGCCAAAGUCCUGGAGGAACGUAUACAUGAGGAAUUCAAGAGGAAAGAGGAAGAAGAGAGGAGGCGAGGAGAAGAACAGAUUCGCCUCCAGGAGGAGCAGCGAGCCAAAGAACUCUACUGGACCCUGAAGCAGGCCCAGCUGCACUGCCAAGCCAGUGAGAAGGAGGAGCGCGAGUGGGAAGAGCAGUUGCGCAGAUCUAAGGCGGCUGAUGAAGAGAGGAGCCGUCGUGCUCAGCGAGCCCGGGAUGAGUACCGGCGCCACUCACUCCGAGCCAUCCAGAAGGGCACAGUCGCGGGCCUAAGCACCAUGUUCCAAGAACUUGGCCAGAACCAUGAGCAGGAGGCAAGACUCUGCCAUCAACUUCCAUGCACCAGUCAAUCAACACCCCUUACAGGAGCUGAUAGGACCUGGGAGCGUCCUCUGCGUCCACUGUCCAGAGAAGUCAUCGUGCGCUGGUUCAAGGAGGAACAGCUGCCUCGCAGAGCUGGCUUUGAGAGGAACACCAAGUCCAUCGCUCCCUGGUUUCAUGGAAUUAUUAGCCGAGAAAAUGCAGAAGACCUUUUGGAGAAUAUGACCGAGGGAGCAUUUCUGGUCCGGGUCAGUGAGAAGAUCUGGGGUUACACCCUAUCCUACCGCCUACAGAGAGGCUUCAAGCAUUUUCUUGUGGAUGCCUCUGGGGACUUCUACAGCUUUCUGGGAGUGGACCCUAAUCGCCAUGCCACCCUCACGGACCUCAUUGAUUUCCACAAGGAGGAAAUCAUCACUGUCUCAGGGGGAGAGUUGCUGCAGGAGCCCUGUGGACAGAGGGAUAGCCCACCAGAUUAUCACCUGCUGUUUGAAUGA